AUGUUUCUCCGUCGGAAUCCCCUGCUGAGUCGCAGGCUCAUAGCUGCCGUCCCACGAGUCGCCAUCCCCGCAACCGCAACAGCAGCAGCAGCAGCAACGUCGCCUCGUCUAAGCUUCCCAUCAGCAACAACAGCGGGCCAGAGCCGCGCCUUCUCCUCCGACGACGCCGUAUCCUCCAUGACAGAAGCCGAAUCAGCCAUAGCAUCAACUAUCACGUCAUUCGAAGCCCUAGACCCUAUAUCCAGCAUCCUCGUUCGCGACGUCUCCGGUGGCUGCGGGAGCAUGUACGCCAUCGAGGUCGCCUCCCGCCGCUUCAAGGGCAUGAACCUCCUCGCCCAGCAGAGGCUGGUGAAUAAGGCCCUCGGCGACCAGGUCAAGAAUUGGCAUGGUGUCCAGAUCCGGACGAGGGUUCCUGAGGAGGGGGAGUAA